GACGGUAUUUGCCAUUUCAGAGACACCAACCACUGCAACCCAGAAACAAUACAGAUAUAGGGACAAACCUCGCGUCUGAGUUAAGAUCCGUUUGCGUAUUCCGCUUUCGAACAAAGAGCCAUCAUGUCCGAUAACCAAGCUGCCGCCACCCCAUACAGGGAUGCAACCCUGCCUAUCGACGCUCGCGUUGAUGAUCUGUUGCAGCGUAUGACGAUUCGUGAGAAGGUUGGCCAGAUGUUCCACAAUAUGAUCAUCAUGGGUGCAGAUGCAUCCCUUGCCGAAGCCAAUCCCGUCUUUAACCUAGACAGCACCGAACACUCGGUGGCCACCAAGCUGAUGACCCAUUUCAACCUUCUUGGACCUGUUACCGAUGUUGCAGAAACGGCAACAUGGUACAACAACUUGCAAACGCGUGCGAGGGCAACCAGGCUCGGCAUUCCCAUCACUCUGUCCACAGAUCCCAGGAACCACUUCAACCAAAACAUUGGCACGAGUUCUAGAGCCGGCGCUCUUUCUCAGUGGCCUGAGACUUUGGGAUUUGCGGCCCUCAGGUCGCCCGAAUUGGUGCGCCGGUUCGCCGACAUUGCUCGUCAAGAGUAUGUUGCUCUCGGUCUCCGGUGUGCAUUGCACCCGCAAAUUGAUCUCGCCACUGAGUAUCGAUGGGCGAGGAUUAACGGAACUUUUGGCGAAGACGCGGAUCUAUCGGCUGAACUUGUCAAGGCCUACAUUCAGGGCUUUCAAGGAACGUCAUUGGGCACGUCUUCCGUGUCCACGAUGGUCAAGCACUUCCCGGGCGGAGGGCCUCUUCUUAAUGGAGAGGAUUCGCAUUUUACGUAUGGACGCAAACAAGUGUACCCGGGCAACAAUUUCGACUAUCAUUUACGACCGUUUAUAGCGGCUAUCGAGACGGGCGCCUCUCAGAUCAUGCCAUCGUACGGCAUGCCUGUUGGUCUGGACUGUGAAGAGGUUGCAUUUGCUUUCAAUCGCGCCAUGAUUACGGAUCUGUUGCGUCGACGACUGAACUUCCAAGGAGUCAUCUGCACGGAUUGGGGUCUGAUCACUGACGCCGUCAUUCAGGGACAGGAUAUGCCCGCUCGAGCUUGGGGAUGUGAGCAUCUAUCAGAGCUCGAGCGAGUCCAGAAACUGCUCGACGCUGGAUGUGAUCAGUUUGGCGGCGAGUCCCGCACAGAUCUUUUGCUGCAUCUCGUGGAGCAAGGGAUUGUACCGGAGAGCCGCAUUGAUGAAUCAGUGCGGCGGCUACUACGCGAGAAGUUUGUUCUUGGCUUGUUUGAAAAUCCUUUUGUCGAUGUUGACGAGGCUGUUAAGGUCGUUGGAGACGCCGUGUUCGUGUCCGAAGCAUUUGACGCCCAAAUGAAAUCGAUGACACUCCUCACCAAUCAUGACGAUAUUCUACCGCUCCAAGCUUCGCGAAAACAAAAGGUCUAUUUGGAAAACAUACGUGCCAGUGCGGCAGAACAAGAGGGCAUAGAGGUUGUCAAAGAUUUGAGGGAGGCCGACGUUGCCAUCAUCCGGCUUCAAGCGCCGUUUGAGCCACGGCCUGGAGGCUUCGAGUCUAUGUUCCAUGCCGGUUCCCUCAACUUUACCGAGGAGACCAGGCUUAGGGUCGCCGAGCUUCGCGCACAUGUUCCCACAAUUGUCGACAUCUAUCUGGACAGACCUGCUGUUCUGACGCCAAUCCUGGAGUCGGCCUCGGCGGUGUUGGUAAACUAUGGGACCAGUGAUGAUGGUCUGAUGAAGGUCAUAACAGGUCAGGUUGGGCCGCAGGGUAAACUGCCAUUUGAUCUUCCAUCUUCUAUGGAGGCUGUUGAAAAGUCUCAUUCUGAUGUCCCGUAUAAUACGGAGAACCCACUUUUCAGAUUUGGGCAUGGUUUGGAAUAUUCGAGAUGAGAAGUGAGAUUAAGGUUAAGAUAUCAAGUUAGACACCUACUUAUUUCAAUAGUGUGCUGAUGGCACAACACGACGUCAAGCGAGUCAGAUGUCUAGGCCGCCUAACAGACGUCCGUUUGCUCCUAAAUAAAACAAACCCAUCUAUUUUUGCGA